GCCUUGUUCUACUCUUCGCUGUGCCGUCUGCGCUAUCUUCUCCGGCACCGCUACUGUACACUUUCCCUCUACUAUAAAUGCCCCCAACUUCUCUGUACUCCUUCAUCUCUCUCUCUCUCUCUCAAUCUUCCAGUUUCGUCUUGGUUAUGCUUGGUUGUGGUAAUAUUUGAAGAUGGAAACUGUGCUAACAUUUCUCUUUGCACUGCUAUUCCUAAGUGGCUGGAUGGCAGUGGGAGGAGUAGAUCAUCUCAAGUAUAAAGACCCAAGACAACCUUUGAAUGUUAGAGUAAAUGAUCUUUUAAGCAGGAUGACUUUUGCUGAGAAGAUAGGUCAAAUGGCUCAAAUUGCCAGGGAAAACGCAACAGCACAAGUUAUGGCAGAGCGCUUUAUAGGUAGUGUCUUGAGUGGAGGAGGAAGUGUGCCUGCUCCAAAGGCAUCUGUGAAGCUUUGGGUGGAUAUGGUAAAUGAGAUACAGAAGGGGGCUCUUUCUACUCGUUUAGGGAUUCCAAUGAUAUAUGGUAUUGAUGCAAUUCAUGGCCACAAUAAUGUCUAUAAGGCUACGAUAUUUCCACAUAAUGUUGGACUUGGAGCUACCAGGGAUCCAGCACUCGUGAAGAGAAUUGGUGCGGCAACUGCUCUUGAAGUUAGAGCAACAGGCAUUCCAUAUGUCUUCGCUCCAUGCGUUGCGGUUUGUAGAGAUCCAAGAUGGGGCCGUUGCUAUGAAAGCUACAGUGAAGAUCCACAUGUUGUGCAGAUGAUGACUGAGAUUAUCUCCGGUUUACAAGGAGAGAUUCUUUCAGAUUCACGCAAAGGAGCCCCUUUUGUUGGAGGAAAAACAAAAGUUGCAGCUUGUGCUAAGCAUUUUGUUGGUGAUGGUGGAACACACUUGGGAAUAGAUGAGAACAAUACAAUUACGAAUUUCCAUGGGCUUCUUAGUACCCACAUGCCUCCUUAUUACAAUGCAAUCAUCAAAGGUGUUUCUACUGUGAUGGUCUCCUACUCAAGUUGGAAUGGCGUCAAAAUGCAUGAGAACCAUUACCUCUUAACUGAUUUCCUGAAAAACAAGUUGCGUUUCAGGGGAUUUUUAAUAUCAGAUUGGGAAGGCAUUGAUAGGAUAACCACGCCUGCUCAUGCCAAUUACACUUUCUCUAUCCAGGCCGGAAUUCUAGCAGGAAUUGACAUGAUAAUGAUUCCAUUUGACUAUCCUGAAUUCUUCGAAGACUUGACCACUCUUGUAAAUAAAAACAUCAUUCCAAUGAGCAGAAUUGAUGAUGCUGUUCGAAGAAUUCUUCGGGUUAAGUUCACAGUAGGCCUCUUUGAGAACCCAUAUGCAGACCUUAGCUUGGAGGCUGAGCUCGGAAAGAAGGAACACAGGGAACUGGCCAGGGAAGCUGUGAGGAAGUCACUAGUGUUGCUGAAAAAUGGAAAGAGCUAUGUUAAGCCAUUGCUUCCCCUACCUAAGAAGGCUAAGAAAAUUUUAGUUGCAGGUAGCCAUGCUGAUAACUUGGGUUAUCAAUGUGGAGGUUGGACUAUUGAGUGGCAAGGACUUGGUGGAAACAAUCUUACAACAGGAACGACGGUGCUCGAUGCAAUCAGAUCCUCGGUCAACUACAACACUGAGAUUGUGUAUUCUGAGAAUCCAGAUUCUUCUAAUCUCAGCAACAAUGAAUUCUCAUAUGCCAUUGUGGUUGUUGGGGAGGUUCCUUAUGCAGAGACUUUUGGUGACAACAUGAACCUUACCAUCCCUGCUCCAGGGCCACAUAUAAUACAUAAUGUGUGUGAAAAGAUCAAAUGUGUGGUGAUUAUUAUAUCUGGAAGGCCUCUUGUGAUAGAACCAUAUGUCGAAAUGAUCGAUGCGCUCGUAGCUGCAUGGUUACCGGGCACUGAAGCGAAGGGCAUCGCUGAUGUUUUGUUUGGAGACUACGGGUUCUCCGGCGUCCUCCCGAGGACUUGGUUCAGGUCUGUUGAUCAGCUUCCAAUGAAUGUUGGUGACCCACAUUAUGACCCCCUCUAUCCUUUUGGUUUUGGGCUCAAGACAGAGCCGACAAACAGUAAUAACUAGCCGGAGGGGUCUGCUUGGCAAAGGUGACGAGGAAUUCUUAGUAGAAUUGUGGCUUUAUUUGAAAAUUGGUGAGGCUCUUGAGGAAUUCACAGGCAGGAGAGGCAUGUUUGUAUGUUUUAUUAUCUAUUUUAAUGAAAUUUGAUCUAGGGAUUCAUGCCACAAACCAACCUUUCACUAUGGAUUAGUUAAUUCAAUCGCCUUUCAACAAA